UGUAGUUUCUCUUUAUCUGUAUAUUAUACAUUACCAUUCAAUAAAAGAUAUGCCAACAAUAGGAAUAGACUUGGGGACAACAAAUUCAUGUGUGGCAGCUUUCAGAAAUGGAAGGGUUGAAAUUAUUGCCAAUGAUAGAGGAAAUCGCGUAACCCCGUCCUACGUAUCGUUUACGAUGGAUGAAAGACUUGUUGGCGAAGCAGCUAAAGAAGACGCAACCUCAAAUUAUACGAAUACACUUUGCCAAAUCAAGCGUUUGAUUGGACGAACCUACGAUGAUCCUUCGGUUCAAGCUGAUACAAAAUUAUGGGGAUUUUCCGUUAUUGAUGAUGACAACAAGCCUAAAAUACCGGUAAUCCAUAGUUACAAAAGAAAUAUAUUCUGCCCUGAACAAAUCAGUGCCAUGGUUCUGGAAGAAAUGAAAAACACAGCUGAGGCAUUCUUGGGUGAAACCGUAACUGAUGCAGUAAUUACAGUCCCUGCAUAUUUCAAUGAUGCCCAACGAAAAGCAACUCGUGAUGCUGGUGAAAUUGCAGGACUCAACGUUAUUGGCAUGAUCAAUGAGCCGACUGCUGCUGCUGUGGCUUACGGACUCGAUAGACAGUGUGAAAGUGAACGUAACGUACUCAUUUUUGAUCUUGGAGGAGGCACUUUUGACGUAACUAUCGUGGAAAUUAAGGGCCGCAAGUUUUUUGUGAAGGCGACAGGAGGAGACACUCAUUUAGGGGGUGAGGACUUUGAUAACAAACUAGUAGAACAUUUCAUUUCUGAGUUCAAACAGCAACACGGUGAAGAUAUAUCCGAUAAUAAAAGAGCAUUGAACAGGCUUCGAGUAGUGUGCGAAGAAGCAAAAAGAAAAUUGUCUUCAUCAACCCAGGCUAAGGUUCAAGUCGAUGCAUUGCAAGGCGGAUAUGAUUUGCGCAGCGGAAUUUCUCGAGCAAAAUUUGAAAACCUGAAUUUCGACUACUUUAAAAGAACUCUUGAUACUGUGAAGAAUACUCUUACUGAUUCCGGGAUCGAGAAAGAGAAUAUUGAUGACGUAGUACUCGUGGGGGGUUCAACAAGAAUUCCAAAAAUCAGAGAAAUGCUAGAAAAGUUUUUUGACUACAUGGAACUUAAAAGAACGAUCAACCCUGACGAGGCAGUUGCUUAUGGUGCCGCAGCAUAUGGGUUUUCGCUUGGUACAGAAAAGGACCCUGUUAUGGAAGAAUUUGUUCUUCAAGAUGUAAUUCCUCUUUCAAUCGGUAUAGAAAAUAACAAUCGCGAAAUGGGUGUCGUUAUUCCACGUAACACGACGAUCCCUACCAAAAAGUGGAACAAUCGACAUACCCUUAAUGACAAUCAAGAAAAAAUGACACUAAAGAUAUUUGAAGGUGAGCGAGCUUUAACAAAAGACAACAACUUUCUGGGUGCAUUUACUAUAUCGGGGAUCCCACCCGCACCAAGGAAAGAAGGGAAAGUCAGCGUACUUUUUGAGAUUAACGCAAGCGGGAUUCUUCAUGUCAAAGCGAUUGAGAAGAUCACCGGAAAUUCAAGUGAAAUAACGAUUGCAAGAGACAAAGGACGAUUAAGUGAAAGAGAGAUAAAGCAAAUGGUACGAGAAGCAGAAAAGUUUAGACAAGAAGACGAAGAAUUGAAACUGCGAAGUAAGGCAAUGAAUGCUCUUGAAGAUUUUGCAUACAGUGUAAAAGACAAAAUGAGUCAAAAAUAUCUCACAACACGCCAAGAAGAAUCUUUGAUGAGCAGAGUAACUGAAAUUCUACAUUGGUUGGAUAUAAACAAGACGGAACCUGUGGAAAUGUCCCAUUUAGAAGCAAAUAAAAGAGAAUUGGAGCAACUAUGGAAUGAUUAGUUGAAUAAGUGAUCUUCUAGGUUUAAUGAUGAUUUGUCAGCUCUUCAACGACAAGUUUCAAACAAAUGAAUUUCAAUUACUACAUAAGAAUGAUAAUUUGCUAUAUGAACAAACUAUAAAUUGUUAUAAAAACAGUUUUAU